CAGACCCCAGAGCGCACGGACAGCGAGACCAUUGGUCCCGGGUUGGACUCAAACUCGGUGUCUUCCCAUCAGAGAGAGGACCCCGGAGCUCUUCGACCGGGUCUCCAAGACCCUGCGGUGUGACUUCACUAGGGGGGCUCUGGUCGCAGAUAUCUCGUGGAAUCUUAGGAACCGGAGACAGCGGGCAGUUACUGCUAAAGAUUAUUCUAGAGAGACUAAACCCCCACCUGUCACUCCCGGACCACCGAUGGGUCCCGCGUCCCCUCUGACCUCCGGCCCGUUUCUCGCGCGCUAGCCGCCAUGCUGCUGCUGGCCGUAAGCCUGCUGUGCCUGCUCGCGGUAGGACCGGUGCAGAACGCGGACGCCCAGGAGAACCCCCUGGUGCGCCCCGUGCGUCAUCGCGCACCCCACGAGGAACGGAGCGGAGGCAGCCGGGGAUGGCGUGGACCUCACGCGGGCCUCGGGGAAGGGCCGGCUGCCAUGGUAACGAUUGGGGAGGAGAGACGCGGUGGUGUGAAGCCCUCCGGGACAGUUGUCAAACUACUUGAAGAUACACCCUAUACCGAUCGACAUGAUCUGAUCGAUCAGAUAUUAGAACUCCCCACCUGUAGCGACACCAGCGCAGCGCGUUGCCGCGUCCGGAGGCAACGCGUAAAGCGCGAUGCGCAAAGUGGAAACAGCGCGUCUGGCUCGGACGAGAUUCCGGCCCGUCGGAAGCCGCCGCUGCCACUGCCCAUGGGCCAGGUUCAGACGCCGGCCACCGAGGCCGGUGACUACGAAGAAUUCACCCCGCCGGACUUUGGCGACCUCACGCCGCUCGUCCCCGGGGGCCGCCGGCCGAAGUGGAAGCCGGUGAGGAACCCCUUCUACCCUCUGAGCGCCGAGGCGUGCGGAGCCUACGCGGUGAUGCUGGCCGCGGGGGUCAUUUUCUCCACGGGGAUCCUCUGCAACGUGGCGCUCAUGUGCAUCGUGUGCCACAACUACCACAUGAGGAGCAUCUCCAACGCAUUGCUGGCCAACCUGGCCUUCUGGGACUUCCUAGUGCUCUUCUUCUGCCUGCCGCUCGUCGUCUUCCACCAGCUCACCAAGACCUGGCUGCUGGGGGAGCUGUCCUGCAAGCUGGUCCCCUACCUGGAGGUGGCGUCGCUAGGGGUCACGACCUUCACGCUGUGCGCCCUGUGUAUCGACCGGCUGCGCAGCGCGGCCAGCGUGCAGACGUCCUACCAGCCCGUGGAGAACGCCGCCUCCACCGCCGCCAAGCUGGCCGUCAUCUGGGUGGGGGCGCUGCUGCUGGCGCUGCCCGAGCUGCUGCUCCGCCAGCUGCUGACGGAGGAGGGGGCGGGGCUGGGGCCGGGGGCGGAGCGCUGCGUGGUGCGCGUCUCCACCCGGCUCCCCGACACGCUGUACGUCCUGGGCCUGACCUACGACGGUGCGCGGCUCUGGUGGUGCUUCGGCUGCUACUUCUGCCUGCCCACGCUGUUCACCAUCGGCUGCUCGCUGGCCUCCGCCCGCCGCAUCCGCCGCGCCCAGGCCGCCGUCGCCCGCGGCAACCACCCCAACCACCGCAACAAGCAGCAGCUGCGGGCGGAGAGCCAGAUGAACUGCGCGGUGGUGGCGCUCGCCAUCCUGUACGGCUUCUGCUCCGUGCCCGAGAACAUCUGCAACGUGCUGAGCGUGUACCUGGCGCCGGGCGUGCCCCCGUCCGCCAUGGACGCGUUGCACCUGGUCAGCCAGCUGCUGCUGUUCCUCAAGUCGGCCGCCACCCCCGUGCUGGUGUUCUCGCUCUGCCGGCCGUUCCGCCGGGCGUUCGGCGACUGCUGCUGCUGCUGCUGGGACCAGUGCUCCGACGCCGGCUCCGACCCCGCCCCCCCCGGCGAC